CUCUUCCAUUUCAUUUUCAACCUUAAAAACAAAGAAAGAAAUAAAAUAAAAUAAAAAAUGAGUUCAAGGUCCGAAUCCGUUUGCGUUACCGGAGCUUCAGGUUUCAUAGGAUCAUGGCUUGUGAUGAGGCUAAUGGAGCGUGGCUACACGGUUCGAGCCACCGUACGCGACCCAGCAAACAUGAAGAAGGUGAAGCAUUUGGUGGAACUUCCAGGUGCAAAGACGAAACUGUCUCUGUGGAAAGCUGACCUUGGUGAAGAGGGAAGCUUUGACGAAGCCAUUAAAGGCUGCACAGGAGUUUUCCACGUUGCAACCCCCAUGGAUUUUGAAUCCAAGGACCCUGAGGUAUCUAUACAUAUUUUCUUGAGUUGA